AUGUGGUACUACUUCUUUAGCCUUCUUUGCCUUGUUACUCAUCACAACCACAAUAGCCUUUCAAUCACUUAUUCUUUGCUCGGCUCGUGUAAUAAUCACCCCGCAACAACUACUAUUACUAUCUCGACUCAUCAUCACCACCACCAUCAUCACCACAAUGGUGGUGGUGAUGAUGACAGUGAUCAAACAGCUCUAAUAAAGCCGAAUGAUGUAAACAUCGCAGGAGAAAUCUCAAAUAUACUGCCACCUAUGCCAUUUCAACCACCUAUGCCGCCUAUGCCGCCUAUACCACCUAUGCCUCCGAUCCCACCGAUUCCAGCAAUCCCACCAAUACCUCCGGUGAUGUCAUUGCCGCAAUCACCAAUUGUUAUUGGAACCAGAAUUGGUUUCGAUGGUACCACCAUUGAGGGUGGUGCCACCAUAGAGGGCGGUAAUGACUAUGCUCCUCCUCAGGGUGGUAACGGCUAUGUUCCUCCUCAGGGUGGUGUCACCAUAUGGGGCGGUAGCGGUAAUGGCUAUGCUCCUCCUCAAGGUGGCGCUACCAUAUGGGGCGGUAACGGCUAUGCUCCUCCUUAA